GACCUGUCCUUCAUCCAGGUCAUCAACGUGGGCCGGAGCUUCCUGGUCAACAGGGUGCAGGACUACAUCCAGAGCAAGAUCGUGUACUACCUCAUGAACAUCCACGUGCACUCUCACUCCCUCUACCUGUGUCGACACGGAGAGAGCGACCACAACGUGGAGGGACGCAUCGGGGGCGACGCAAUGCUGUCUGUUCAAGGGAAAAAGGUACCCGACUUCUCCUUUUAAGUAUAUCAAUACAAGUACAGUACCAUUGCACAACCUCUUGCUAUGUUGCUCUGUAUUCUAUGUACACUGAGUGUACAAAACAUUAAGAACAUCUGCUCUUUCCAUGACAGACUGACCAGGUGAAUCUAGGUGAAAGCUAUGAUCCCUUAUUGAUGUCACCUGUUAAAUCCACUUUGAUCAAUGUAGAUGAAGGGGAGGAGGCAGGUUAAAUAAGUAUUUUUAAGCCUUGAGACAAUUGAGACAUGGAUUGUGUAUGUGUGCCAUUCAGAGGGUGAAUGGGCAAGACAAAAUACUUAAGUGCCUUUGAACGGGGUAUGGUAGAAGGUGCCAGGCACACUGGUUUGUUUCAAGAACUGCAGCGCUGCUGGGUUUCUCACACUCAACAGUUUCCCGUGUGUAUCAAGAAUGGUCCACCACCCAAAGGACAUCCAGCCAACUUGUGGGAAGCAUUGGAGUCAACAUGGGCCAGCAUCCCUGUGGAACGCUUUCGACACCUUAAAGAGUCCAUGCCCCGACAAAUUGAGGCUAUUCUGAAGCAAAAGGGGGUGCAAUAUUAGGAAGGUGUUCUUAAAUCACUUAAUCACUGUAUGACAUCAUCUCUCUCUUACAUACACAAUUAAACCAUUAAACCUACUAUGUCUAUUCUAAUCCUCUCUCAGUUUGCUGGAGCGCUAAAGGGUUUUGUGGAGGAGCAUGGUCUGUCAGACCUAAAGGUGUGGACCAGCCAGCUGAGGCGGACCAUCCAGACUGCUGAGGAGCUCGGGGUGCCCUACGAGCAGUGGAAGAUACUCAACGAGAUUGAUGCCGUCAGUACCACAGUGCACUAGUGACCCAUAGACAAAACAUGGUAGUGGUUACAUUGUUAAAUAAUGAUUGUCUUUUAAAAUGACAUAUUUCUGUGUCUCUCAGGGUGUGUGUGAGGAGAUGACCUAUGAGUUAAUUGAGGAAACCUACCCUGAGGAGUUUUCCCUGAGAGACCAGGACAAGUACCACUACCGCUACCCAGGAGGAGAGGUAAUUCUUCCUUUCUUCUCUACAGAGAUCUGGCCUAUUCAUCUGAAUCAUUGAGCUCAGUUUGUCCCUCUCCUCUCUCCAUAGUCCUACCAGGACCUAGUGCAGAGGUUAGAGCCGGUCAUCAUGGAGCUGGAGAGACAAGGCAACGUGCUGGUCAUCUGCCACCAGGCUGUCAUGCGAUGCCUGCUUGCUUACUUCCUGGAUAAGAGUGCAGGUACAAACACACAAAUUCACUUCUAUAAAUAGAUAUGGAGAUGCACAGAUGGACACACAGCCCUGUGUUAGGAAACUCAUUUACUUUGGCUAGGAUACAAACACACACCUCUUAGCUUACUUAUGCUUAUUUUGAGUAGAAAAACACUUGCUCAUGUUCAUCCUGGAUGAAACGGGACAGAAAUAAAAGUUGAGGCUAAACAAUGUCACAUUGCCCUCUUAAAAGGUCUGCCAAGUCAGGAGCAAAAGUGGUUUGUGCCUAAAAUAGCAUUUUAAAGGCUAGUAAAGCCACAGUCUGCCACAGCUCGCCCACACUGUGACUGGGAAGUGGGCACUUCUGGCUGUCACUGCCCGAUCCCAGAUGUCAUGAAAGGGAAGUAAUGCAAUCUAUUGAGUAAAGAUAUAAUCUAAUCUAAAUAUAAUCCCUGAAAAAUAAAUAUGUAUCAUUAACUGUGUUGUGUGUCAUUUAACUGCAUAAGAUUGAGUUUUCUUGAGAUGAUUCAUAGAUCUCACGUGUAAUGUUCCAAGUGAAGUCAUUGUGUCAUUUUUGUUUCUGUUGGCACAGAUGACCUGCCCUUCUUGAAGUGUCCCCUCCACACGGUUCUAAAGCUCACCCCUGUGGCUUAUGGUAGGAUAUCUCAUCCAAGACUACCCUGUCUCAGACACAACAUAUUUCUCUCUCCUCCCGCUCUCAGGUUAACAUUGACUGUUAUUCUCUCCAUCUCUCGGCCAGGUUGUAAAGUGGACAUGUUUGACCUGAAAGUGAAGGCUGUGAACACUCACCGGGAUAGGCCAUUAGUGAGUUGCUCUCCUUGUCAUAUCUCUAUUCAAUCUACUGUGUGUAGGUUUAUUUCCUGUAUCAUUGAAUAUCCCUUUGAGCAUGGUGAAGUUAAUAAUUACACUUUGGAUGGUUUAUCAAUACACUCAAUCACUACAAAGAUACAGGCUUCCUUCCUAACUCAGUUGCCGGAGGGGAAGGAAACCGCUCAGGGAUUUCACCAUGAGGCCAAUGGUAACUUUCUUGGCUCUAAAAAUUAUGGUGGAUCAACAACAUAGUAGGUACUCCACAAUCCUAACCUAAUUGACAGAGUGAAAAGAACGAAGCCUGUACAGAAUACAAAUAUUCCUAAACAUGAAUCCUGUUUGCAACAAGGCACUAAAGUAAUACUGCAAAAAAUGUAGCAAAGCAAUUCACUCCUUGUCCUGAAUACAACGUGUUAUGUUUGGGGCAAAUCCAAAAACAAAUUACUGAGUACCACUCUCCAUAUUUUCAAGCGUAGUGGUGGCUGCAUCAUGUUAUGGGUAUGCUUGUAAUCAUUAAGGACUGGAGAGUUUCAGGAUAAAAAAAAAAAGAAACGGAAUGGAGCUAAGCACAGGCAAAAUCCUAGAGGAAAACCUGGUUUAGUGCGCUUUCCACCAGAAACUGGGAGAUGAUUUCACCUUUCAGCAGGACAAUAACCUAAAACAUCUACACUGGAGCUGCUUACCAAAAAAACUGUGAAUGUUCCUGAGUGGCCAAGUUACAGUUUUGACUUAAAUCUACUUGAAAAUCUAUAGCAAGAUCUGAAAAUGGUUGUCUAGCAAUGAUCAACAACCAAUUUGACAGAGCUUAAAGAGUUUUGAAAAGAAAAAUGGGCAAAUGUUGCACAAUCCAGGUGUGGAAAGCUCUUACAGACUUAACCAGAAAGACUUACAGCUGUAAUCGCUGCCAAAGGUGCUUCGACAAAGUAUUGACUCGGGUGUGAAUACUUAUGUAAAUGAGAUAUUUCUGUAUUUAAUUUUCUAUAAAUUUGCUAAAAAUGUCUAAAAACAUAUUUUCACUUUGUCAUUAUGGGGUUUUGUGUGUAGAUUGGUGAGAGAAAACAUAUAUUUAAUCCAUUUUGAAUUCCGGCUGUAAGACAACAAAAUGUGGAAUAAGUCAAGGGGUAUGAAUACUUUCUGAAGGCACUGUAGUUCUGGUGUGAACAGACCACAGUGUCUCAGUGUGUUAACCAGAUGUCCCUGGUGGUGUGGACGUCACACUCAUAAACAUGACCACACUGCCUUUUCCUGAGCAUAGCCCUGUUAAAUGGAGGAAGAAUAACAUGUCUGGGAAAGGAACCGCAACAGCGCCUUCAAUCUUCUGUUUGUUCCAGCAGGAUUGUUUUCACAAGAAGUGUAGCAAGCAAGACACACACAUACACACACACAGUGAAACACAAUUUAUUUCUCUCAGAUUCAGAUUCUCCUUCUCUUUCCUCCAUCCUCUCUAACCAGGCGAAAGUCCGUAAUGACGUCGAUCCCACCACAUUCCUCCGAAGGAACAGUUUCACCCCGCUGUCCAGUCACGACCAGGUGAAGCGACCGCGCCUCUACAGCGCUGGCAACCCACCUCAAUCUCGACGCCCCCUGGCCCCCUUUCUACCCAGCAUGCAGUCCUUCGAGGACCCUGAGGGAGCAGAGUUUGCACAAAGC